UUGUAACUAAAAUAUCGAAGAAUUUUCGGUUACACAACCUUGUGAAGAAUCUUAGCUUAAGACCUGUUAAAGCACGUUUUCGGAGUUUUUGGUUAGAAUUUCAUGUUCAUUUUCUUAAGGAGUUAAAAUAUAAAUAUUAAUAACAAAUACGUGUGGCAAAUUAUAUAAUGAAAAGAAGCAUACGGCAAAUAUCCAGCACAAACGAAAUAAUUAUCUCUUCGAGUGAUUCUGAGAAUGAAUCUGAAGAUAAAAAUUACAUUCCCAUCAAAGUACCAAAGAAAAAGGAAAGUAAAGAUGGCAAUGACAGAAAAGCUAGUACCCUUUCAUUGCCCAAAAAGAAUAAACGAACAGCAACACGACUUAAGAAGGAAAUAAAAACAGAACCUACAUAUGGUACGAAUGAUUUGGUAGAUUUAAAGAAGAAGACACAGAGUAAGAGUAAGAGAGUAAAAGAGGAAGAAGUACAAAACUCUGAUGCAAAAGAUGUUAAACAAAUGUUAAAGGAUAUAUCUUUAAAUUCUGCAGAAUUUAAAGAAUGGACAAUUGAAGAUUAUGUGAGCGAAACCAACAAUGUUGAGAAACAUAUAGUAGAAAAUGUUGCAAAGCUUUUCAAUAAUGACAAUACAAUUCCAUUUAUUGCAAGAUAUAGGAGAAAUAUUACUGGUGGCAUGGAUCCAGAUAAGCUGAGAGCAUUGAAAGAGAGUCUUGAUCAUGCCAAAGUGAUUAAACAACGCGCCAAUACUAUAUUGAAAUCUAUUGAUAAAUUAGGGCAAUGGUCUCCUGCUGUACAUUCCGUUAUUGUAUCUGCCAAAUCUCUAGAUGACUUAGAACAUGUAUAUUCCCUUUUCAAGCCAGCGUCUAAACGAACUUUGGCAGAAAGAGCCAAAGACCUAGGUUUAGGUCCUGUAAGUGAUCUUGUGUUACAGGGUCAGGCACUUCCUUCAUUAUCUUCUCUCAUUGAUUCUAACAAAGAUGGAUUAAAAACCGAGCGACAGAUUGUAGAUGGAAUUGUACACAUUGUAGCAGAUGUUAUAAAUAAGAAUAAAAUUGUAUUUGAUAAAGUCAAAGAGCUUCAAUCACAAUGUUCUAUAAAUAUCCAGACUACAGAAUGUAAAGCCAAUAGUAAAUCCAAUAGUAAAUCAAAGAGUAAAAAUAAAGAUUUGCAGAGGAAGUAUGAAAUGUACUAUAAUUUUAAUACAAAUACGAAAUACAUCAAACCUCAUCAGAUACUGGCUAUCAAUCGUGGGGAAGCACAAAAGAUUCUCAAUGUAAAAAUGACAUUUCCUAAUUUUUUUGCAAAAGCAUUUAAAGCAUGUUGCUACAAACUGUAUAAUUCAGCCAUUACAGCGUCUAAAUUACAUUCUAAACUAUUAAAUGAGGGCAUCGAUUAUGCUUAUACGAAGUAUAUCAAACCCUUGGUAAUACGUAGAGUGAAAAGCGAACUGAAGCAAAAAGCGGAAACAGCAUCGAUUGAAGUUUUUAUAACUAACGUAAAACAGUUGCUCCUCACUCCGCCUCUACGAGGAAAAAUCAUACUCGGCAUAGAUCCAGGAUUUUCGUAUGGUUGCAAAUUAGCGGUAAUUUCCGAGCAAGGAGAUGUGCUUGAGACAGGCGUGAUUUAUCCACAUAGAAAUUCACAGAAGUUUCAUAAUGAAUCUGCCGAUAUUUUAGUAAAUUUGGUAACCAAGUACAAGAUCACGAUUUUGGCAUUAGGUAAUGCUACAGCUUGCAGAGAGACUGAAAUGUUUUUAAACGAGUUAAUCAAGACCAAUACAUUUGGCCCGAUCGAAGUUUCGUACACGAUUGUCAACGAAGCUGGAGCAUCGAUUUACAGUUGUAGCUCGGAAGCAAAAUCCGAAUUCCAGGAUCUCGACGUGAACGUAAUCUCUGCCAUUUCAAUAGCAAGGCGUCUACAAGAUCCACUUGCUGAAUUAGUAAAAAUAGAACCUAAACAUUUAGGUGUGGGAAUGUAUCAGCAUGAUCUGCCAGAGAAACAGUUGUCAACAGCAUUAAAUGAGGUUGUGUCAGAGGUUGUGAGCUUUGUAGGUGUAGAUGUGAACACUGCGUCUCAGUGCCUUUUGAAAAGGAUUGCUGGCCUAAACGUAUCCAGAGCAAAUAAUAUUAUAGAAUGGAGAGCUGAAUUCGGACCGUUUAAAAAUAGACAGCAACUGUUGGAUGUGAAGGGAAUUGGAAACAAGGUGUUUGAACAAUGUGCUGGUUUCAUUCGGAUAUUGCCAGAGACUUUAAUGAAUGAUAAUACCGAGAAACGUAAAUCAGCUAAGAAGUCUAAACAAACGUACAAUUUAUUGGAUCAAACUUGGAUUCAUCCUGAAUCGUACAAAAUAGCCGAAAGUUUUUUAAAGCAUUGUAAUUGUAACUUGGAAAAUCUCGGAACUACAGAAUUCAUUCAGAAAGUAAAAUCGUGCGCUGCGGAAGGAUUCGCUAGCUUAGCCCAAAAGUUUGGCACAAACGAGGCGACCAUGGAGGUGAUAAUUAAAGGUUUAUCUAUGAAGAAAAACGAGGAUAUACGGUUAGAGUCUCGUGCUCCACUUUUUCGAAAGAGUAUGCUCAGUAUUAAUGACUUAAGUGCGGGGAUGUCACUAACGGGCGUGAUAAGAAAUAUCACCCACUUUGGAGCGUUUGUGGACAUAGGAACGGGUAAAACUGGACUUAUAUUAACAAAAUGGUUAAAAGAUUCAUCAGUUUCUGUAGGUCAGUGUGUAGAGGUGAAAGUACUUUCAGUAGAUGUCGAACGUGGUAGAAUCAAUUUAGAAUUAAUCAACACCUUAUAACAUUUGUCUAUUUAAUUACAAAUUCACAAUAUUUAUUUGUAUUACAAAUAUCAAAA